AAGUAAGGCUUUGUUAUCCCUCCAAGUCGUCACUGCUGCCUGCAUUAGGGACCGCCUCACGAGGAGGAGAGGAGGAGAGGAACACCGGCCUGUAUCAGGAUAAAGCCAGAGGAAUUGGAAGUCAGAAAUGAUGUGUUUUUUUUUUCAGGGAUGACGUCUGUGUGAGAGCUUAGUGCUGCCAAGGAAAGUAUAAAUACUCGAAAACACUAGCUUAACAAAAUAGUAGGAAUAAGCUGGAGGGAGGAAGAGGAGGAAUAAGAAGAAGGAUUCGCGCUGUGGAAGGAAGCAAUGGCCUUGUGAAGAACGUCAGAAGCCUUUUCUUUCUGCCUCAGUGCGCGUUAGCCUGCCUCCACACACACACACACACACACACUCACACACUCUCUCUCUCUCUCUCUCUCUCUCUCUCUCUCUCUGAACGGGAUGGCGGGCGAGGGGAAUGGAGCCGAUUGAGGUUUGUGCGCUAAAAAAAAAGAAAAAAGAAAGAGAGAGAGAGAGAGAGAGAAGCGCCACCGACCGAAGUGCGCCUCUUCCUCCCCCUACUCGAUUAUUUCACUUUCUUUCUGUUUACUUAAGCAUGUGAUUCCGGCGACGCAAUAAAUCACGCACUACGUGUACUCCCCGUGUCCACCCUCCACAUCAAUGCAUAGCCUGGGCAACUUCUGUUUUUUUUUUUCUUGACUGAUGGCAACGGGAGCCGACUCGGACAUCUGUAGAGGAAUAUCGCGAGCUGUGCACGAGAGUAACCCGCGCGCUGGCGAGCGCAGCGCCUAUGUGAAGGCGUGCGUGUCCCCUCUGUAUCAGGACAGCGGCUGCCAGUGGUUUUGUCCGAACGCGAGCUGGAGGUGUGGUAAACUCUCGUCUGCGGCGUGCGUCGGCUCCGUGUCGUUUUGUCUCGCCUUGCUGCUCCAGUUGGUGGACUGGGAUGUGGAGCCCAGCUCCAGCUGUAGCGGUGCUCCCCAGCACGACACGGGAUCGUAUUUUCUCGUCCUGAACAGAAGUGUGCUGGACUUCUGCCUGGCCCUGUGGCAUCUGAUCGCACCCAUUUUCACGCUGGUCACUGCCUUCUUCUGGGCCGGCCUGUACUUGAUCCGCUGCGGAGUGCUGGAGCGGACCAUCGUUUUCCUGCUCGCGCUGUGUCACCUGGGAGAAGCGGCGGCGCAGGCGUUCUUGCAUGGCUCGGACGAGCAGCUGCACUCUCUGACGGCUAGCGUGGUGGUGCUCGGCUGCUUGGCAAGCGGGGCACUCAUGGUGAUGCGACUGGGCCAGGGCAUCUCCGUCAUCGUCUUCAUCAGCAUCAUCAGAGCCGCCUCGCUCAUUUCGCUGCACAGAGUGCGCGCGAGCUGGAGACCCUACUUGGCGUACCUGGUGGGGGUUCUGGGCGUCCUGCUGGCGAGGUAUGCUGACAGGCUGCUUCCGAAUCAGCCGAGCCAACUGGAGGGCUGCAGCUCCGUGACAGGGUCGAGACAGGACCUUCUCGUGUUUAAAAGGCGCAGGAGAUCCAGCUCCGUCGUAGCAUCGGACAUGGCACAGCACGGCUUCGAGGCCAGCAGCAAGUCGCACAGGAGAACCUCCCUGCCGUGCAUCCGGAAAGACCAGUCCUCAGGCACCAGUGUGAUGGUGGACAUUGCAGUGAUGGGUGAAGCCCAUGGACUAAUCUCAGACCUCCUGGCUGACCCAUCACUGCCUCCAAACACCUGCAGCUCAUUGAGAGCUGUCAGCAAACUGCUCAACACGCAACUCACCUUUCAGCCGCUCCACCACCGCUCACGCAUCAACCCUCUGCUGGUUUCCACUGAUGGACACCCCUGCACUGACUUUGAGGAGGGUCUUGAGAAGGCUAUCCCUAAGCAGCGUUCAAGACGGAGUUUGCCUUCUGGGCCUCUUCGGCGCAUUUCCUCUUCCUGGACAACUACCACCUCUGCCACAGGGCUUCCCACCAUUGAGCCAAGCUUGGUCAGGCGAGACCACAGUUCCACCAUCAAACCCGUUCAUGACUGUCCCUCCAGCAGGCCCAUGUCUGCCUCCCACAUCACCUCAGCCCCCAACUACCUCUACAACAAAGUCAGGCAAGUAGGUUACCAUCCCUUCAGCAAUUCACCCAUGGCCUCACCUUGCCACUCGCCUCCAGUCCAGGGAACCUCAGUGAACAGCCCCACCAAUAAGCUGCCCUCCAUGGACCUGCCAGAUACUGGGGCCCUUCAGGGCAAUUACCUCUCACCAGAGACCUUUCACCGAGCCUUAAGCUGUAACUCCCCCAGUUCCAGAAACUUCCAGCCACACUGGACUCUCCCAUUACUCUGUAGCAGCUGUGGAAGGCCAUACAGCAAAGCGUGGCAUGGGCAGGAAUCUCCAGACAAAGCUGAUAAAACUCAGCUUUCAGAUGAUCCAGCAGUGGUGUCUUCUGACUGCGACAGCACCUACGAAACCAUCCACAGUGACAGCAGUGAUUUUGCACAGAACGAGGAGGAUGGAGAGGCUCGGAGACAGCCCUACAACAUGCGGGAGCUUUGCAGGACAUUGCAAGCAGAGACCCUUCUCUUGCAUACGUUACUACCAUCAGAGAACAAACCAAUUCUAGCCCCUGAACCAUUGGUGAUGGAGGGCCUGGAGCCUCUAAUGAGUCAAAUCAACAACUGGAACUUCCCAAUAUUCAGCCUGGUGGAGAAAACCAAUGGGAAGUGUGGUCGCAUCCUAAGCCAGAUGUCUUACAGGCUAUUCGAAGAUACCGGUCUCUUUAAACUCUUCAACAUCCCCGUGAAGGAAUUCAUGAAUUACUUCCAUGCCUUGGAGAACGGUUACAGGGACAUCCCAUAUCACAACAGGAUCCAUGCCACAGACGUCCUCCAUGCAGUCUGGUAUCUUACCACACAGCCUGUGCCAGGCUUACCUUUACUGGCUCACAACUCGAUAUCAGUCAGUGAUUCAGAUGCUGUCAGUGGGAUCAGUCAUGGGAAUGCGGAUUAUCUGUUCUCUAAGACUUAUCCCAAAACGGAGGAUGGCUAUGGCUGUCUUGCGGGGCUUAUACCUGCCUUGGAGCUGAUGGCACUGUAUGUGGCAGCUGCCAUGCAUGACUACGACCAUCCUGGUAGAACCAACGCCUUCCUGGUGGCCACCAGUGCUCCACAGGCAGUGCUGUACAACGACCGCUCAGUUUUGGAGAAUCACCACGCUGCCUCUGCCUGGAAUCUGUUCAUGUCCCAGCCUGAGUACAACUUCUUGGCCAGUCUAGACCACGUGGACUUCAAGCGCUUCCGCUUUUUGGUUAUCGAGGCCGUUCUGGCCACUGACCUGAAAAAGCACUUUGACUUUUUGGCGGAGUUCAACGCCAAGGUGGGACAUGAAGGCUGCUCAGGUAUCGACUGGUCCAAUGAGAACGACCGGCUUCUGGUCUGCCAGAUGUGUAUCAAGCUAGCGGAUGUUAACGGGCCUCUGAAGCACAAAGAUCUUCAUCUUCAGUGGACAGAAGGGAUUGUCAACGAGUUUUAUGAGCAGGGUGAUGAGGAAGCCAGCCUGGAUUUACCCAUCAGCCCCUUCAUGGACCGUUCAGCCCCCCAGCUUGCCAAGUUGCAGGAGUCUUUCAUCACACAUAUCGUGGGGCCGCUCUGCAGCUCCUACGACGCGGCAGCCCUCAUGCCGGGCCGGUGGGUGGAGCCUCAGCCCAGUGAGGUUGGAGAAGGGUCUGGUGCCGAGGAGACCGAUGAGGAAGAAGAAGAAGAAGAAGAAGAAGACACAACUGAGGAAGACGCCUCCACCAACUCGGAUCAUUCCCAGAAACUGAUGCCCAACAUGCGACAGAAAGUCUUCUGUCAGAUCACCCAGCACCUUUUGGAGAAUUAUGAAAUGUGGAAGAAGGUCAUUGCUGAGGAGGCCCAAAGCCAAACCAAGCCGAACAAAGCCUCCGAGCCGAUCCUGGCCAUUCGUGAAGAGGAGGAGGAGACAAUCAGCAAGGAUAAGGAGCAGAAAACUAAGGAGGAGGAGAAAGAUCAGCAAUAUGAGGCAUCAAUAGAUGAUGAACAGACUGAAUAAAGGAAAGUAACAGGAAACGAUUAAGAAAUAUCAGGAAAACUGAACAUCAAGACACAAGCUGUAGAAAAACAUUGGAGAGGGAAAAAAAAACUAGCGAAAUGGGAUGAAGAUCAGGAAUCUGAUCUAGACUAGAAUACUGUCACAAAGCCUUUAUUUCCAAACAAGACUCCUGAUAAACGGUUGCCAGCACAUCACUACGACACAACACUGUAGAUUCUUUAGGUGAACACCUUCGUGGAGGAAACAGGGUGGGCUUUACGGCAAUCCCGUGAGAUCUCUAACACCAACAACAACAACAGGCUCCACUCUUCUCCAGAACUACUUCCAUGACCGGGGUCUCCAUGAUCUGCACUUUUGUUUAUUAGUCUAUUCAUUUCAACAAGUAUUCAGUGAAGAAGUCCUUCUUGAGCUUGGGGAAGGACACCCUCAGAUCAUCUGUACGGAGGAAAGCAUGCACCACACGUCUAACACUACUUAUCUAACCCUUUUCUCUCUCUUCAGUUUAAAGUGUCUGUCCUUUUCUUCUGUUCGCCUGUGGAAGUGUCCUUCCUCCACAGCUUCCUCACCUGCCUGCAUGGCUUUGCAGGUUGAAUGUUCCAGUGUUUGUCCUUCCUGUUUCAGACGAUCCAACAGCACUGUAAAUACUGUCUAGCAUUUCAUCCCUUUUUCUGAGUGGAAAAAAAUCUCUUUUUUUUAGUUAGUUUAUAAAGAUGUUCCAGCUCCAGCUCUGUUCCUCUUUAUAUCUGUGUGAUUUUUGUACCAUGUGAUUUUUUCAAGAUGAAGUAUGCAUCGCUUAUUAAACCCCCCAGAGUCAGGACACGGCACUUCUGUGUGUUUGCCCCACACUUUCAGUCGUUUCAUGCAUCUUGAAUAGCACCGUAUAUCCAUGUAGGGAUUAUAUACAUCGAAAUUCAAAUGUAAACGCACCCUGGUUGGUUUUUGAAGUUUGCCUCAAUGCUGAUAUGGAUUUCUUUCCCUUCCGAGAAAACAGACAUAAUGCACUCGUGCUAAACCCACGCUCCAGCCAUGUAGCUCCGUAACCUGAAGCAGACUGACCGCCACAGCAGUUCACGGAUGGUGCGAAUUCCGUAGCCGUAAUUCAGCUCGACGCUUAGUUAAGGUGCUAAUGCCAUGGCGUAGUCGGCACUUUGGUUUAGUUCAAAAUUCCUAAGCGUAGAUUUGCAGCAGCAUAAUGUACAGCCAGCACUUCAAGCAAUACUGACACGUAACUGUAGACCGAUGGUAGUUUUAUGAUUACCAUCAUAUUAUUAUUAUUAUUACUAUUAUUAUUAUUAUUAUUAUGACAAUGACAAUGAAGUCGGGCGUGAUAUAUAUAAAUAUAAAUCUAUAUAUUUUUUCACAGUGCAGCUGUUUGUGCCAAAUAUUCCUUCAAUAAAAACAACUGCGUUGUCCAAGCCUUUUUUAUGGAUAAUAAGGUACCUGAGUGAGUGAGUGAGUGAGUGACUAAAAAAAAGAAAAAAUGCAUUAGAUCACACAAACAUAACUGAGGAGGUGAUGCUGAAAGUUUAAUAGGAAAGUUUUGAUAACAGCAUAGAAAAACACUCACUACAGUAUAUCCUGAUUAAAAUAGCUCUAUACAAAUUUCUGCACUAAAAUAUGAGCAUUAGCUCCUCAAUGCUGUUUGUAAUAUCACUUUUUUUUGUUUUGCAGUAGAGUGAAUCCUCGUCUUUAUGUUACACAAUCUGACCAAUCUGACCUGACCAUCACAGCAUACACGGUAUAUACUCAUAAGAUGAACUGGAACUGGAGUCUCCUUCAACAUCCUCACCGAUGAUCUAGUGGGAAUCUGGAGCUUGUUCUAGCAGGAUAUUGAUGCCUGAUGGUCAGGGGUGCACAUACUUUCGGACGUUCUCUAAGUCUUUUAUAAUAUUUAGCCAAUAUUCUCCCACAUCUCAGUCUCUAACUUAAGCCUAUUGCUUCAGUGUAGAACUUUCCGGUUGAUUAUCCCAAUCCUUCAGCGUCUCUCCAUCCUUCUGCUGAUAAGAUCUGACGUACUUCCAUACACAGGAUGGUGACCUUGUGUGUGGAGUCUCACUGAGGUGUUAAGACGUCACGUACCCCCCACCCCCACCCCCACCCCCGGCAGAGUGACGUCCCUGAGAUCAGUCUGCCCCCAACAAGGUCAUUUUUUCCUUUUAUCUAUCCGUUUGCGUUCUUUUCCAGCUCUUACGUUUGAAUACGGCAGCAUUUGUAAAUACUGAUACUUUCUAUCCUGCCUGUACACACUGUUUUAUACGGUCGCCGAAUUUCCUUCCAAGCUCUCACUGUUUUAUAAUGGGAAAUUGUUUUUUUUUUUCUUGGAAGGUAAUUUAUGAAACAGAUUUGAUGUGUAAACGUUUAUAUUUCCGUUCCCCAUAUACGUACGUGUAGUAGAAGAGCACGGACUCGCUAGAGUAUAAAGUUCCUCCUAUGUUAAACUCAUGGCUCAUGCAUGUGGUUAGAUAGAGACACUAGGUAGGCAGGGACAGAAUUUUGUUUUCUUUGUAUUUCCGGUAAAUUUCUUCCGCCGUCCUGCAUGUGCCUUUUCGGAUAUUCCUUCUCUUUUAUGAUUAUUCCACAAACUCCUUCCUCAUUUCUGUCUGCCACCAGAGACGAACGAACGAAUGAUGUACACGCUGUUUCUAUUCAAGCGAAUCAGGAUAAAUAAAAUAAUUUAUCCAGUCCGGGCACAACAUCCUGUUUUUCAGUAACGUGGCAUGUUCACAUGAGAUCAUCGUUUGUCUUCUGUCAAUCUGUCAGCGUUUAUCUUUAACAUAUAUGCAUCUGAUGGUGGUGGUGGUGGUCAUUGUGCACUCUUCCUUCACCAAAAGAAAUACGUACCAUUCCCACUCUCUCUACGUGAUCAGUGAGACACGUUUUUAUAUGUGAUGGGUACCUCACUGACCGAAAAAAAAACAAAACAAAAAAAGCCAAAAAAAAAUUUUCUCACUAGUUUGUUGCACUUAAGACAUGUAGCAAUACCUAUACAAAAGGGAGCUGUACAAUUCACCAGUAUUUGUGAAGUAAAAUAUUCAUAUUGAUGUCUUAUUGUUCCAUUUUGUACAAAAAAAAACACAAUAUUGUUCAUGGAGGGCAUGGAGAAGACGAAAUAAGGAAAUGUCUUUUUUUUUUUUGGAAUAAACAUUAUUUAUUUUUAAUGUUUUCUAAUUUUAAUCACUUAUCCUUGUAGCUCCUCUAUGGCCAGAAAAUGCUGGAAGUGCCUCUUGGUUUAAAAAAAAUGUAUUAUACAAGAAA